GCCGGUCACAUGACCACAUCAGAACUAGCCGGAUCCCCGAGUUUGAUGCGUUCUCUUGGGCGAAGUGAAAUUUUGACAAAUUGUUUCUGAUUUUGUUGUGCAAGUUUUAUAAUAUAAAAAAAAAUGGCUAAAAAACGCGCAACGAAAAGGAAAGCUGCGGCUGCCGUAGCAGUAAAGAACGACGUUGAAGAGAGUCACGACGAGGAAGAAUCAAACGUAGAAGAGAAUGGAGUUGCUAGUACUUCGAAAUCGAAAGCCGGCGGAAAAAAGAAAUCAGUGGCUAAAUCAGAACCGAAAGCCGAAUCUUCCAAAACGAAGCCCAAGUCAUCCAAAGCUAAAUCGGACUCUGAAGAAGACGAAGAAGAUUACGAGGUGGAAAAAAUUAUCGACGUGAAUACCAAGAAAAAUGGCAAACGAGAAUUCUUGAUCCGAUGGAAGAACUAUUCAGCUAAACACGAUACUUGGGAACCCGAAGAUAAUCUAUCUUGCGAUGAACUGAUCGCUAAAUUUCUGGAACUCCAGGAGGAGCGAGAUAAACAGCCUCGUAAAGAAUUAAGAGAACAUCCCAAGUCAGUAUCUCGUUAUACUGCACAAUCCGGUCGUAAAAGCAAGAGAACUGCCGGCGCUCAGAAAAGUUACACCGAAGCUGAAGACGAAGACGAAGACGAUGCUUAAAAGCACUUUGUUUUCUUCUACAACAUUCUAGUUUUAUUGGAAUGUCGAACGAUUUUGUCAGUAUGUUGUAAACACACGAACAGUUCCGAUUCCUGCUAUAUUAUUUUUUAAGCUGUAUGUAGAGUUUUAUCGCAAAACUCGAUUUUGAAUAAUUGAUUGCACGUUUAUUAUUUUUUUUUUCUUCAAUUUUUUAAAUGUAUUGUACGAGUUUUCCAACUCCCAGUUACGUAUGUAUUAUUUUUCGACUCAGUUGAGGGUUUGAAAAAUUCAAGAUGAAAUUCCUGAUUUGUAUUUUUGUUUACGUUCUGUACUAUUAGUAUCCUUACUUAAUAUUUCUUUUAAAACAUUCUUCUUUUUACUAUAUGAUCUACGAUUAUUUUUUUAUAUUAUUUGUUAAGUUUUUUCUCUUUUCAUUUUUGUAGUCGUCGUCGUCGUGGAAAUGGCAACCUACAUUUGGUUAGAUUCUGCUUGGGUUGGAUUAACACCAUCGGAAAGAGUUUUUUUAGAACAGUUUUACUAGUAACUCGUUUAUUAAGUGACGUUGAGAUUGUCUCGUCUUCUUUUUAUUUUUUUUUUGUACGUAUCUGAUUAUAUAUUUUAUGUGAGUAUUCGGUUUCACAUGUAUUUUAUUAUUUUUUAAAGACAAUAUGAAUUGAUUAAAAGGUUCCGUUUAUCUAAA